AUGGUUGACGAUGAUGACGACAAGUACAACAAAAAAAAAGCGCUUCCGGUUCCUAAAUUUACGACGAGGCAAACGACGACAUCAUCCUUGACGCCGGAUGGGAAAACGAGGAAAGAGCGAUCGAUGGGAGGAGGUUUAGGAGGACAGUCGUCAAAGUCCGCGCAGAAUUCACCACAAAAUCAAUUCGAUUCGAAUCGCUUGGCGGCGAAAUUGGAUUUCUUAUCCGCGAGAGUGAACUUUGACGGCGAAGAGGAGACGCAAACGAAAGUACACAACGCGUUGGACCGAUUGUCGUUUGCAACGCAAGUGCACCACACGGCGGACGCGUUCGGGCAAGCGCUGACGGACGCGAAGGAAGAGGUUGGAGAGUACGCUUUGAAAGCGGCGGAGUCGGUGGCGAGGUUUCAAGCGACGCAAUACGCGGCGAAAUGGAUGCCGUUGGAAACGAACGUGAACUUGAAGCCGACGUACGUGAAGGUACCGGUGAGUACGGUGGAACGGUUGAAAUUUUACGAGGACGAGAACGUGCGGCAGAUUGUCGCGCAACAUUUAAUCGAGAAGGAGACGAUAUUAGCCGAGAACGCCGGGUUGAGGAGUUUAGUGCCUGGUUUGCAAGACGAGGUAUCGUCUGAGCAGGUGGCAAAUAUUCGAGAGACGGAAGACGGCGUCAAUCGCGCGCUGUUGUUAGCCGCGGUGGAGGAGAUUGCAAAGUUGAAAACGAGAGUGACCGUGUUGGAAGGCGAGGCGGCGAAACAUCGAGUCACCUCCGCUGGAUUUGGGUUGAUUGGUGUGAACGCGAGCGAACAUUCUGGGGAGAUUGCCGAACACGCGAGGAAGUUGACGACGGAAUUGGCGAGAGUGGAGGAAGAUAACGGAAGACAGAAGUGGUUAAUCGGCGAGAAGGAUAAGGAGAUUGAAACGAUUAAAGGUAAGUUCAUGGAUACGUAUCAGUACUCGUUAGAGGAGAGGUUGCAGGAAAGCACGGAAGCGUUGGAAGUGGCGGCGAACUUACAAGGAGAGCAGUUGCAGUAUUUAGAAGACCACGCGUUGAAAGUGCUGGCGAAAAAGAACGAAAAGUUGGACGAUUUGGUCUACCAGUUAGAAACGUUGGCUUCGCACCGAGAGCAAACGAGAGAACAUUUGACGGCGUUUUUGGAACGAAACGACGAGACAGUGGUGUCUAUUUUGUGUUCAUUGGCUGGGUUUUCGAGCAAAAAAACGAAAGAGAUUGUAGAACACCGACGAAGUCGAUCGUUAACUGGGAGAUUGGCGUGGUUAGGGAAGAACUUGAAACCGGUGAGUAGCGCUUUAUCGAACGCGUUGAUGGCGUGCGCUUCUCCGCCGGGAGGGAUACCGCGCGAAGGCGACGCGAUUUUAGCAGACGCGGCGGCGGAUACAAAAAAUACUACCACCAUUACUACGAGCAGCACGAGUGAUGAAGACUCCUUGACGAAAGCAGCAGCACCGGAAAAGAACGCGGCGGGGGAAAGUAGCGAUGAUAGCAAAGAGAAAGAAAAGAAAGCAGACGGCGGCGGGGAAGCGAAAAAAGAAGAAGACAAAGAAGAAACCAAAAAAGAAACGCAUCGAGAAGAAGAAGAAUCAAACGCGACGAUAAAAGUCCCCGAACGUAGCCGCUCGCGUCCAAAACCAAAAAGUCCUCGUAAAAACGAGAAAACCAGCGGUUUCCACGGAUUCGACGACCCGGAAGCAGCCGCGAGAGAGGCGAAAAAAAGAGCCAAAGAACGCGCGGCGUUGCCGGCGCCGAAACUCAUCGGUCGAGCCGCCGAACGCGAAGCCGAAAAGAUGCGCCAACGAGAGAAAAGUGGCUUCGGGGGUUUUGGAAGCGAGGCGGAAAGUUCCGACGACUCCGAUUAA